CACCAUGCCAGUAUUAUGCCCCAUCUUCCACUACGUGUAUUCUCUGAUGCUAACAAUGUCUCUUGGGUUCUCCUGCAGGUGGGAGACGGUCCCAAGCACUCCCUAGGGAGAGGAGUGAUGCCGGCUCUCAACCUGGCGGUUAAGCACGUUAAUGAGCACCCUACAGUCCUCAGGAACUACAAGCUUCAUGUCAUCUGGAACGAUACUCAGUGCGACACGGCGGUGGGAACGAAGUCCUUCUUCGACAUGAUGUACAAGGAGCCUCGCAAGGUCAUGCUCUUCGGCGCCGCCUGCACCCACGUCACCAACCCCAUCGCUAAGGCGGCUAAACACUGGCACAUUGUGCAGCUGUCGUACGCAGAUACACACCCGAUGUUUUCGGCAAUCAAAUAUCCGAAUUUCUUCCGAAUGGCCCCUUCGGAUAAGGAGUUCAAUCACCCCAGACUCCAUCUUCUUCAGCGGUUUAACUGGACGAGAGUUGGUACCCUCUUCCAGAACGAGCCGAGACAUGCUCUGGGAUGUAUCGGGAGGAGUGGUGGGCUUUGAGAGGUAACGGCGAAGACGUGGACGACGAAGGUCCUGUGGACUUCGACGACGAACCUAAGGAAUCCGGUGGAGGAGGUUGUGCUGUAGAGGACAUCAUGACGGCGCUGGAGGGCUGCAUCAUGACGGACCUCCUCCCUCUGACCACCUCCCUCGCUAAGACGGUCUCCGGGAAGAACAUCUCAGAGUACGAGCGAGAGUACAACCAACAGCGGCGCUCUGAGUACUCAAGAUUCCAUGGCUAUACCUACGACGGAGUGUGGGCCAUGGCCUUGGCUAUACAAGCCGUCGGCCACAAGCUACAUCGCCUUAAUCACCAUAACAAGACCAAUAUCACCGUUCAGGACUUCAGCUAUCGUAAUCCGGUUUGGGAAGAGUUGUUCACCAGAGCCCUAUCAGAGGUCAAGUUCGAUGGGGUCACGGGACCUGUGCAAUUUACAAGGAUAAUACCAGAAAAGGGCUACAUCCUUCUGAAGCAGUUUCAAGGAGGCCGCGAAGUGAAGAUCGGUGAGUUUGACGGCUUCGAAAACGUCCUUCAGUUGGAUAAGGGACACCCUAUCUACUGGCCCGGGGUCUAUCCACCCUUGGAUCGGACGGUGAAGCUGAUAGAGAAAACCAGCGUUAAUAUUAGUAUCUACGCCAUCCUCGUUACUAUCGCCUCGUUGGGUAUUGUAAUGGCUUCCAUCUUCCUCGCUAUCAACAUCAGGUAUAGGAAUCAAAGAUACAUCAAGAUGUCCUCGCCGUAUCUCAACAACAUGAUCAUCGUGGGUUGCAUCUUGACUUACACCUCAGUCAUCCUGCUGGGCUUGGACUCGGAGCUGACGAGUGAGACCAGCUUCCCCUACAUCUGUACCGCCAGAGCCUGGGUUCUCAUGGCUGGCUUCUCCUUGGCCUUCGGUUCCAUGUUCUCCAAGACCUGGCGGGUUCAUUCCAUCUUCACCGAUGUUCAGCUCAAUAAGAAGGUAAUCAAGGACUCUCAGCUCUUCCUGGUGGUGUUCGUGCUGCUCUGUGUCGACGUGGCCAUUAUGACUACUUGGCAGAUCGUCGAUCCCUUCUACAGGGAGACGAAGAAACUAACGCCCUACAUGCGAGGAGACAUUCUUGUCAUACCAGAGAACGAGUACUGCAAGAGUCAGAAGAUCUCCGUGUUUAUAGGCUGUAUAUAUGCGUAUAAAGGUCUACUCAUGGUGUUCGGAUGCUUCUUGGCGUGGGAGACGCGCCUGGUCAGCAUUCCAGCGCUCAACGACUCCAAGUACAUCGGGAUGAGUGUGUACAAUGUGGUGAUCAUGUGUGUCAUCGGCGCCCCCAUCUCCUACAUCCUGAGUGACGAGCAGGAUGCCUCCUACCUCAUCAUCUCCGUCUUCAUCCUCUUCUGCACCACCGGAACUCUAUGCCUCGUCUUCGUGCCUAAGAUCAUAGAACUCCGUCGUAACCCUCAAGGCACCAUCGACAAGCGCAUUGUCCGAGGAACAUUAAAACCCCCGAAAAACCCGGACAGUGAUUCGGAACUGUCGGACUUACACGAUCAGAUCAAGAAGGCGGAGAGCGACAGACAGGUGUUCGCUAGACGCCUCCGGGAGCGGGAACAGGAACUUCAGGUGUUGAUAGAGCAGUUGGGAGAGGAGGCGCUCUCUGAAGUCGAGGCGCACGACCCAACUAGAAGUACGAGACGACCCUCCAAACCUCGCUCCAUAGAGAGACUCAGGAUAGAAGGUCCGUCAAUCACGGAAGCGACGGAUGCCACGGAGUUGACCUCGCUGUGUUCGGGCACGUCACAAGAGGGCGAGUACGUACUUGGCCGUACCCGUGUCGCGUGCGUGCCCUCCUCCCUCACCACCACCACCACCACAACCACCACCACCACCACCACCACCUCCACCACCACCCACCACCAUCUUCAACAACACCACCACCACCACCUCCACCACUACCACCACCACCACCACCUGCCAGGGGUGGGGUCCGCCUCUCUAUCACUUGACCGUGCUGCUUCGCGUCGAGGGGUGACCUUCGCGUCCCCUCUUCAAACCCCUCGUGACGUGAGCAAGAGUGUGUCCUUUCGCCUGGAGGGGGGAGGAGUGGGGGGAUGCCCCACCACGGUGGAGGCUAUUCCCCUUCUCCACAUGAACGCCCCCCCGGUCUCCCAGAUGGGGGGCCCCACUCCCAUGGCAACCGUCAACCAGCCUCCCCCACAACCCACGGCUCCUGCUCCCAUGACUGUCAACCCCUACCAGGAGCCGCUACUAGAGCGCGAAGGCGCGGCGUACGGCGGGUACGGCGGGGUGUACGUGCAUGACUACGGCGGUGCCAUGAUGCAGAAGGAGCAGAACAUCCUCCAGCAGCGUCGUACCAGCAGAAGCAGCCUCCAGGGCCUCAGGCGCUACAGCAGAGAAGAGGUGGACCUCGGCCCGCCUUUAGAAAACGCCCCUCCGCCUCCAAAUAUACAGGAAUACGGGGCGCCGCCCUUAGGGGAUAAACCCCUAGAUAUGCCCCUAGGGGACACAACGUGUCCCUACAGGAGAACCAGUCUGCGACAGAGCAGCGGUGUCAAGUACAGCCAAGUGCCUCGUAACCUCUACACGCCUCUCAAUAACGAGGACAAGUUGCCUUUCCUGGUAGCGGCCAAGAAACCAGCAGAUAUCAAGAUCAUCAAUAACAAGUCUAACUACCAGGCGCUUAGCGAGAAAAAUAACAACGCCUUGGCCAGUCUCGCGGCCGGAUAUAACAUAUCAGCAGACGGCCCUGUUGGGUACAGAGUCGUGCAGCAGCAGCAGCAACAGCAGCAGCAGCAGCAGCUCCUGCGGCACCCGCAGGAGCUGCAGCGACUGCAGCAGGAGCAAUUGCAGCAACCCACGACGCGUAUGGCAGCGCUCAGACGCGGCAGCGAGCCUCCGCGACCUCCUGGGCGGGGUUCGAUGCACAUCAGGAAUCGGUCGUGCGACGACCUAGCGUGUUCCUGCUGCGACGUGCCUCUCCCGCACGACCUCCUGGCCGACCACGCAGCCCACAGCGCCUCCGACGCCGCCACCGACAGCGACGUCGACCCGCGCGAAAUGGGCUCGCGCUCGCGCUGGGAACUGGGUGACGAACGCGAUGGAACCAGGACCAUUUCCAGAGCGCAUCUGCGCCGCGAUAGCUUCGGCGAGGUGGUGUCGCGUCGGUCGCCCAGCCAGGAUAGCCUGGAGCAAGUGCGCAUGCGCUCUCCGACCAUCAUGCUGGAUGACCCGACGCCCACGCCGCCGCCCAUGGCCACCCAUGAUAUCAUGGGGAGGCGAUCUCCCAGUCAGGAUAGCUUUGGCUACGGCGUCUCCCGGAGGUCAGAGAGUCAAGACAGUCUCAACCGACAGGUAUCGUCGAGGGAUCGUGUGGCGAGUCAAGAGAGCUUGGGUACCAUGAGCAGCCGGGGAUCGGUUUCCGGCAGCAUCUACAGCGUCACCUCUGCCAGGAGCGACGCGCCAGUCUCUCGAUGUUCUAGCAAGGAGACGGUGAGGAACCAUGCUCCCCUGAUCCAGCAGACUCUGCCUCGUCCCCAUGCGCACGGAGGCUUCGUUAAUGGUGAGCUGAGUGAGUCCGCUAGUUCUUCUGAAGACCUUAAACCUACCCAGAGCCACGAGUCGUAUAGAGAAGCGACCAGUCUGCACCGCACGACCAGCGAACCCUACUACAACUUUGACGACGACGACUCUGAUAGUCCCGGGCAGCAGCACCUGCUGAUGCUGCAGCAGCAGGCGAAGCAGCAGGAACAGUUCUUGCAGCAGCAGCAGCAACAACAGCAGCUAAGGGGAAACCGCGCGAGAUUGCCUCCGGUAAGAACGCCGUCGUACGAUAACGCGUACGAUACCUCCUCGCUGGUGUGUUUCAGUACGCACUCCUUGCGGGGUCGAUCGCAUCACACGCGACACGCGACGACUACUUCCGUAGCCGCGGCGAUCGCCGCGGCCCGCAAGAACGCCUCCGAUAACGCCCUGGACCACGACACCUCGAUCCUCCCUAUCUUUCAGAAGCUCUUGAGCGAGCGACAGCGAGGUUUCGACGGCAGCGCCAGAAACUUCACCAUGUCCUCUUGUCCUAAUAUUACUAUCAAGUGUGAUAUUGUUGAAUAUCUAUGAUCCGGCGGUAUUCACCACCACUACCACCACCACUACCACCACAACCACUACUACUUGUAGUAAGACCAUAGAAACUAUAUGUUUAUACUCUGGCGCAAAUACCAUUAAUUCAUCAAAUGAUACUACCACCAUUUCCACGGCAUUCCACGACAACCACAAUUAAUAUAUUUACUAACACUAUUACCAACAGACCAACUUUCCCCCUUUCCCCUUCCCCUCACCCCAAUCAUUAUCACCUCACCUAUGUACCAAUUAUCACAACCUAUUUUACAAUGGACAUUUGUGCUUAAAUGAAAGUUUUCUAGUAGCUAAAUACCGGUUUCUUGGUACCCCAUAUCUCUACACCUUCCCUACUCCCGCCCCCCAGUGUGUCUGUGUGUGUGUGUGUGUGUGCGUGUGCGUGUGUGCGCGUGUGUGUGUGUGGAGUGUGGCAUAGGUGCAUACAUCAUCCUGGAGAGCUUUAAUCGGAAAAGAUGACAGAGAAGUACUGUACUUCAGUGAUGAUAAAUCCUGUACUUCAGUGAUGAUAAAUCCCCCAAUAAGGAGAAUAUAUCCCCCAGUGAGACAGUGAGCAGUGAUGUUUUAGUCAGUGUAAAUAUUGCAUUUGUAAUAGAUUUCUGUAGUAGAGAAAUUCUAUACUGUUAGCCCAGAUACGACAUAGAUAUUUUCAUACAACGUGCUCACUUGAAGUUCUAAAACACUUCUUCUUUUAAUGGUUUCUGAUAGUUGUAUUGUUGGCUAUUUUUCGAUACCCCGUGAUAUUAUGGUGCUGUGUGGUCACCAGUUCGUAUCCCUAUAUACAGACGAUCCGUUACUUUAGUCCGCGAAUCAAAAUAUCUCUGGUCAAUAUUCACUGUGAUUUGUAACUUCCUACAGAUAUCACCCCCCAAUCUCUCCGUUCUCUCUCUCUCUCUCUCUUAUCUCUCUCUCUCUCUCUCUCUCUCUAUCUCUCCCUCUCUCUCUCUCUUUCUCUCACCCGUUUUACACUAUGUCAUUGUGCUGGGAGAUCUCCUUCUCCUCCUCUUCUUCAGAAUCAACUUCAUUAAUCAUUAACGUCGUCGACGUUUGCGAGAAAAUCCACCAUCGUUGUUUUUAUUUAACAUCACGCUUAAAGAGGGAAAAGGCAAAACAAGAAAAGCUCUUGUGGCUUGUGUUUUAGCAAGACCACAGAGCUGGAGAGCUGGUUCCCUCUUUCAACACUAUUUCUCUUUUUGUUAUAGAGGCGUUUCCUCACUUGGCACCAUUAUUGCGUUCUUUUUUAGACCAUCAAAAUCACAUCAAGUCAUCCAUUUAUUAUGAUUUUUGUUAAUUUUCUAGCACAUGGACCCCUCCUACGGAUUUCUCUCAGCACUGACCACACCCAUGAAAUAAAAAAAAUUCCUUGAAUACACUGCCUGUUCCCCGCCCCAUUUUCCCAUACCCAUUCCCCUCCCCCCCUCAUUGGCUGUUCUUCCGGAGCCACGCCCAUCUGGCUCACCAAUUACCUGCCGCACUGGUGAAGCCCCACUCAAUAUUUGGAUUCGGUUAGCCAAUUGCGUGCAGUUCAGGUGGCCCCCUUACGGAAACAUGAGCCCUUUCUGGGAGGUUGGUUGCGGUAGGGAAGCAAGGGGAGAUGCUCUUAACCAUCAUAUGUUUCCAAAGUGGAAAAUAUAAUUCUCAUUCACGGAAAUGAAUUAAUCUAUCGUGUCUAUUCACAGUUGGUUCUUGGCCAAAAAUAAUUGAAAUAGAUUGGCAUAAUUACAUGUUUGCACGUCCCCUUGCGGCCUGAUAUCGCCGCCAGGUGGGCUCGGUCAGAACGUCUAGACGAACAGACAUUUUAAGAUAAUUAAAACGCCCCCAAAAAAUGUUUAAUCUUGAGGGAGACUCCAUCAAUGUUUCCUAGGAACCUGUGUCAGAGGAAGCUGACGAAAAUAAAUCCAGAGCGUUACCAUCCUGACAAGAAAUAUAUGUAUAUGUAUCACCUGUAUACAUAAGUACGCACACACAUACAUAUACAUAUAUAUUUUCCCCUCAAGAAUUACAUCUAGAGGUGGAGAGAUGCCCAUUUCCCCCUCGCCUGUGAGCGUACAGGGGCGGGCAGGACCUAUUUGUGGGUCUUUGUGUUUUCCUUUGGGUUACGACGAAAAAAAACGCUUAUUUACUUCAACCUGAUGUGUGAGUGAUAAAAUAAAGAUGGUUUGUU